AUGUCUCCCCGGCGGGGAGGGGGCUGCCUGGGAGACGCGCUGAGCGGCACCCCCCGUAGGCCCAUCGGCCGCAGCAGCAGCAGCAGCGCCCAGCCCGUCGCCCCGCAGCCUUAUCCCGCGGCGGCGGCGGCCUGGAGGAGCAGCGCACCCGCCGCCGCUCCCGGAGCCUCACAGCCGCCGCCGCCACUCGGCGCCGGAGGAGAGGGCAGCGGGCGUCCCCCGGGAAAGAUGAAGGCGGAGGCGGGUGACCACUCCAUGAUCAACCUGUCGGUGCAGCAGGUCCUGAGCCUCUGGGCUCACGGGACGGUGCUGAGAAGCCUCACGGAGAUGUGGUAUUGGAUCUUUCUCUGGGCUCUCUUCUCCUCUCUGUUUGUCCAUGGUGCUGCAGGAGUGUUGAUGUUUGUGAUGCUGCAGAGGCAUAGGCAGGGGAGAGUAAUCUCUGUCAUUGCAGUCAGCAUUGGAUUUCUGGCUUCUGUAACUGGAGCAAUGAUUACUAGUGCGGCAGUAGCAGGCAUUUACAGAGUGGCAGGGAAGAACAUGGCCCCCUUGGAAGCGCUGGUGUGGGGUGUUGGACAGACGGUACUGACAUUGAUCAUCUCCUUUUCAAGGAUCCUCGCCACGCUUUGAGGUUUCUGUAGAAAUGACUUACUUCACAUAAAGAAACAGAUGUACAGAUUCUCUGAGAAUGGCACUGUUAGCAAGUGGAAAUGAAAUCAGAGAAGAAUCUUGGAAGGAGCAGGUCGGAAAGUAAGGCCUUGAGCUGUGUGGAAAGAUUGCCCUCUGGUGUUCAAGUGAUUGCACUACCGCACUGCACCUUACGUGCCUCCAUCCCAGGCAAGGCGAAUUACACUGAGAAGCUACAAGAAAAAGCACCUUGUUUAGCUGCCAAUCAGGUUAACAUUGGUGUUGAAUCAUCAUUUUUAACAGUGUUGUGUUUAAGUUACAGGGACAUUUUGAAGAAUUGAUGUAUGUGCCAAACUCUUUUUUUAUACAUUGAUCGUGUGACAAUUUGCAAGUGUAGAUGUAGAUGAGUGCUGUGAACAUGUUUGACAUGAAUUCAGGUAAUAUAGUGAGAUUUUUGUUCUGUAAUCUAAGUCCUGUAUGAGUGCUGAAUACUGAAUCAUUUACUAUGAGAUAAAUUAUUUGAUUUUCAUUGUUGAACGUUUCUGGGAUUUAGGGCUUAAUAUGUUUAGGCAUUAUUGUUAUUUAAUUUAUGUGGAAAAUAACACUUAAUGGAAAACUAGCUGAACUCUUUUAAGGACUCACAGUAGAUUUAUAGGGUGCAUCCUUUUCACUCACUUAAAUAACAGUCUUUUAAUAGUUUCCCUCAUAUAUAAAUGUUCUGUUGAUAUAAAUUUAAAACCUUUAUGGGUAACAUAUACUGAUUGUGCUUGUGCGUCAUAAAAAUAUAAUUUGAAAAUUUCUUAUAAAUUUUGUUAGAAGUCUGAAAUGCAUGUUUUUGACCCUUCUAAAGAAAGUUUUUGCCUUGUAUUUCGUGGAGAAAACAUCUUUAUAAUUAGUAUCUCAGUGGGAUUAUAUUACUUGUUGCAUAUGUCUUGAUUUUUGACAAAAUGUAAACAAUCUUUCAUUCUGGAGUAUUAACUGUAUUUAAGAGUGGCCUAAAUUAGGCUGUGAAAACACAAAGCCUCAUUUGUAGAUAAGUAACAGUAAGUUAUAUAGGAAGAUUAAUAAACCAUCUUACUUUGGAUAUGUGGUAACACACCUUCACUAAGAAUUGGAGAAUUUAGUAAAUAAUUUGAAAAUUUGGCAGUUAUUCUCAGUGUAUCAAACAGUACUGAAAUAUAUUUGAAUAUUUCAUUUUAGUUGUUCUCGAUUUAUGCUGUUAUUUAAAUAUAUUAGAAUGUCAUGACAUUUGUUAGAAACGAAAAAGCCCUUAGUAUAAAAUAUUUUAAGAAGUUUUGGCAACCUAUCCUUUUUUUUAAGAGUACAGGAAGUAAGGAAAAGAGAACCUGGUUUAACUUCUACUGACUUUUUUUAGUACCAAGUACAAUUAAAAUCUUCUAACUCAAAGGAGUAGCCGUUGCAGAGAAUAUGAGUUAAGGACAAUCCAAAAAAAUAAUCUGCACACUCUAGCCUUGCUGUUUUAUAACCUGAUAUGGUAAAAAGUAGAUUUCUAUUGGGUCCCAUUCAAAUUUAAGGCCUUUGUUACCCACACCACUUUUUUCUUUACCAAAUAAAACAAACAAACAAAAAAACCAGAAAAACCAACAACUUAACAGUGAAGAAUUGCUGGGGGCAGAGGGGAGGUACUUUCAUCAGUAGGGAAGCUAAUUUGGGGGAUUUUCUAAUGCUGUGACUUAGAAAUUUGGUUAAAAAAACAAUUAGCAGCUAUGCAUUCAUAGAGAUCUUUGAUCUUAAAACUGAUUUUAAAUUAUGUACAACCCUGAAAUUACUUUCAUGUGUUCUUUAUAUUUUUGAUGUUUUCCAAACUAAAUUUAGGCAUACAUUUUCCAAAUCAAUUUUAUUUCUCCUUUUCUGUUAGACUUGAAUUCAGUGUUCUUUUUUUACUUUGGCUAUUCUGUCAAUAAUUUAAAGUGUUUGUGUUCUUUGAGAGGAAUUGCCAAUAACAUAUUGGAGAUGUACAAGAUGAAUAUUUAACAUAUGGUUAUGUUAUGAUUUAAGAAAGUUGUCUUGGUGAGGUAACGUGGAGCAUGUGGUUCAGAAUCCAGAAUCAGCCAGAAAAUAACUUGGGCACGUAAACGUACGAAUGCACGGACCAAAGAGACUUAAACUCCUGUUUUUACUCUAAAAUGGAAAUAUAAUCGGAUGGUUAGUAGUUAAUUUGUAGAAUGUCCUAAUCUCAUUAUCAAGUUGCUUUACAUGAUGAGUUGUGUGUGUAUGUGUAUUUUUAACCUGCGGGGGUGAUUUUUUGGUUUCUUUGCUGUUUGCAGCUAUUUCCAUUGGGAUUUUGUGUAACUAUCACUUUUGAUGUUUUGAAAAACAGUUGAAUAGUGUGAAUUGAAGGCAUUAUCUUAAUAGCUAUUUCUAUGCUGAGAUUUUUUUAAGUUAGUGGUUUUCUUAUAGAGACCUGAGCGUUUAAUGAUAUAUAUUUACACACACAUAAAUCAUUAUAUACGUAUAUAUAAAGCUGCUAUGCGAAUACAGUUGAAUUGGAAAGCUUUUGUUUGGUGAACAUGUUCAUGUUCUAAUGAAGAAUUUGUUCAGUUGAAUGAUCUCUUAAAUAGGUAUGAGGAUGUUUGAGAUUUUUUAAUUUGGGAAGUUAGUAGUGUGGGAGACACUUGUUUUUGAUAUGACAAAAACCCUUAUUGAUGUAUUUGUGUUACAUCUUAAAAAUGUGUCUGAUUUUUUGUGUGUGAUAAAUGCAGGAAGGACAGGGGAAAUCCUCUGUAGUUUACACUUCUUUAUUUUCAAAUAAUGUUUAGUAAAAUAUUGGUGAUAGUGAAAUCAAUUCCCCAAAGAAGAGACUCCUAUAUGCCCAAACUAAUUAUUUUUUAACAUACUGGUUAGAAAUAACUAUAGACCAGAGUUUAGUCAGGGGGCCUUAUCUAACCACAAAUGAUGCUUAAAACCUUUAAAUGAAGAAGGUGCAAGUAAUCGCCCCCAUGGGAUGAUUCCCUUGGCUGUCUAGAAUAAGGAAAGUCCUAAGUGAUGGCUGUAUUCAGUGCUUGCAGCUUCAUUAUUCUUAUUUUAUAUCUUAAUGUUUACCAAACAGUGUUACAGUUUGUUACCCAAUGUACUGUCUUAGUAUUUGCGGCAUUUAGUAUAUCCACUGCCCUAAAAAGUGUCAGGAUUUCAUUUGGACUUUAAGUGAGAAAUAAAGAAAUGAGCUGCCUUGUAUAUCAUGUAUCUGUGACAUAAUGAACAGGGGUAAUUUAAAAUCGAAGAACAUACUGGAAAAGUCUCUUGAGUACUUGAAUUAAGAUGAAGAGUGUGGGGUUGACAAGUUAAUAUGCACAAGCUGACACAGACCGACAAAUUCAAUUUUGAAAAUACUUUCAAUCUACUAAGUACAAAGGGCGAUACUGAGCGUUUUCUAUAGCAAGUACAAGGAUGGCUAAGAAAGGAUUUUGGCCCUGAGUUCACCAAGAGCCAGCAAGGUGGUUUCAAAUCCUGAAAAGAUUGGGACAUUUUGCUUCCUAAUUCUACUUAAGAGUUCAAGUCCUUUCCCCCUGAAUUCUGGUAUUCCCAAUCCACCCACCAAAUGGAGUUUCAGUAAUGGGGAGCGUGUUGCUGUGGCAAUGUGAGGAGAACACUAGAAUCGAAACCAAAGAUGCAAAUUUGAAUCCAGGCCCUGUUACUUGUUGACUUUUGUUUGUGAAUGGCACACUAGUGAAUGUUUGACAGUAAGUAACUGAUAGUCAGUAGAAAUUUUUUUAAUUACAUUUUGCAAUAGUAAUUAAAUGUUUUGAAAAAUUCAUCUAUUUUCUUUUAUUUCUACACUUUCCCUAUAUAUAUUUUAAGAAGGAAAAAUUAAAAUUAUUUCCCUUAUAAUCUUGCUUCCUUUACCUCCUCUUUAUUUUUCAAAUCAGCAAGUGCUUUUAUCUAAGAGCAUUUUUAGGAGUUGGUGGUGGUGGAAAUAGCCAGAGCAAGCAGGAUGAAAUGACAGGUUAAAGUAGUGAAAGGGAAGAGGCAGCCAGUAUUUACUCUUUUAUCUUACCCUGCUUCUUCCUUUGGAUUCAUUCAGCGAACAUUCACUGAAUCUCUACUACUUGCAGCCUACUGCCUUGUUUAAGGGAUGGAGAAGUGUCUCCUCUGCUGUUCACCCCCUCGCGCAUCCUGGGCGUAGUGUACAUUCUGCACGGAAAGGGAGCUGGGCUUCAGUGUCUGCUGAGUCCUUCACUCUGUGGCCCACGGUGCUUAAGAUCUGGUUGUUGUUUGUUUCCUUGUAUUUUUGCACUUAAAAAUACUGUUAUUUUUCAUUUAUGUCCUUUUUGUGAUUCAACAAGUAACUAUUGCAAUUUUUUUCUCUCAGAAAACUUUAAUGGGAAUCUCUCCAAGGAGUCGUUACUUGUUUGUAAGGUGUGGAGAGUGGAAAGUCACUGAUGGAACUCUAGUGGGCCUAGAUUGCAGAGAAGUUUGGCAACACUUGAGUAGCUGGGUAGAUUUUGUUCUUUCUUUUAAUAAUCAGAGUACGAAUCUCACUGAUUAAAAUUGACUAGUCAUCAGCGUGGUCUCAUAAUUUCUCUUAACUCACAGGUGGCAAACACAAGGCCCAUGGGCCGAAUCCAGCCCUGCACCUUGUUUUAUCUGGCUGGCACCUUGUUUCUACCCGGUGGCAGUGCCAAGCUCCCACUUAACUGUUAAGGAGUAGUCACAUUUAUACAGUCCUAAAAUUACAUUCAGCCCUUAGUGGGCAACAGCGAGGCUGAUGUGGCCCCUGGUGAAAAUGAGUCUGACACCCUUGCUAACUGUUGGUACUUUUCAUAACAUCUGAGGGGUAAACUCUCCAGGAUAAAAAGGACAUUAUUUGAUUAAAAGUGAUAAAAAUUUUCAAAAGUGGUAGUAUUUUGUAGCAGAGGGAAGCUUAAAGAUGGGGAUGCACGUUGGAGGGUAACACACGAAACACAGGUGUCCCUGAGGAAGUGCCCCGCAUUAUGUGGGCAGUUUCCCCCCUCGCAUGAAGGAUACAAACCACAUCAUAUGAGUAUGCGGACUGUGUGAGUCCAAAGUGCUGUUUCUUUCUCUGAGCCAACUUUCCACAAAGCAUUUUGAAAUCAUUAUUCCUUCUUUUCUGUGUGUGGUGGUGGUAGGUUUGCCCUUCUAAGUUAAGGAUCGCUGUUCAGUGUAGGCAAUACAAUGUUUUUGAGCAUAGUGCUGAAUCAGUUAUCUAAAAAUGCAUCCCAAUUUGUUUGGAGGAAGUAGUGCUUAACAUAUACAGUAUUUUCAGUAAAUGUGGAAAUGUAUCAGUUAAUACUUUAUUAAGUUACUGGACACACCCAGAUUUCUGACUGAACUGAACUGUAAACUCUAACCAUCUCGUCCCUGCAUUUAGAAGACUCAUUUGCACAUGUUUUGCAUUCAUUGCACAUACAUUGAAGUCAUUUUUAAUAACCUUUUCUUGAUUUUAAGAACUACUUUAGCGAUUUCUUAAAAAUCGCCCUCCCCUUUCCAUACAUAUGUCAUAUGUUAUGGUUUAAAUGUAUGUACAACUUGUUCAUAGAGUCAGAAGGGCUGGUUUUGAAGAGAAUGUGCUUAACGCCUUAUGGUUAUGCAGCUAUAACCUUACUGAAAAAUAGAUACUAUAGGCAAGUGAAGAGAGCAUGAACCUCCUACAUAGUUUUUUAGACCCCAUACUGCACCCAUCCAUAGGUAGCCCCCUCUGCUGGAAACACGACUGCCCCCCUUCGGAGGGUGCACUGAGAUACGUAGCCGAAACUGGAAAGUGGGGUAGCGUAAACAUACAGAAAGAGGAACUGUAAUGCAUAGUUACUAUAAGAGUAACCCUGUUCUCCUAAAUAUCUUAUGCACUGGCAAUUUCUAAGGAGCAUUACUUUUUUAGAGCCCUGUAUAAGUGAAUGGUAACUCGAUGGUAUUACAAAUGAGAAAGGUUUCCUUUGUUUUCAAGUUAGUGUGUUUGCACAUCCUUGCUAAGUAUCUCUGGAAAGGAACAUUUUAAAGUUUUCUCCACAGAAAGCAAAAUAGAAGCACCUGUUUAAAAAGUAAACCAUAAAAAUUGUUCACUUCCAAUAAUGGGUGAGUUGGUAGUCUAAGUAUUGAUACUUUCUUAGUAUUUGUGAUAUCGGAUACAUUUAUGAUGGAGGAAUCUUAAAAAAUUUUGGUGCUCUGCACACACCUGAGCCCUGCACAUUUAGAUGAACAUGUGAAAUCCUCAGUGUUUUUCCACAAUAGCCACACAACUUGAUAAAACUCUACCAUAAAGUGUUAACUCCUGACUCCAGCCAUUCUGUGAUGAGGGAAUCAAUUUUAUUUUGAAGUUAACCAACUAAAAUGUAUUGGUUUAAAUAGCAAAAAAUAUACUUCACCUGAUAGAAAUUCAAAGAGUUACUUUCAAACUGUGUUAACUCUCAGACCACUGAUGAAUCAUUUAGUAACCUGUUUUUAAAAACUUAAUGAUGUCUCAGUACCUCGGAAGUUAAGAUAUUUUUCCAAAGUGAACCUGGUAAGAUUCAGGAUUGGCCUGUUAAUGAGGAUUCAGAGUUAAGGAACUGUGCAAGUGAAAUAACUUCUUAUGGUUUAAUAAAGAUCAGUUACUUUGCCAUUGGCAAUGACAGAUGACAACUACUUUCAUGUGGUGUUUGUCUUCUUUUCUCUGUUUUUUAAGCAAUUUUGAAAUGGGGAAAAUGAAAUCUAAACAAUUAAAAGUGGGAUUUUAAAAUUUAAUUUUGUUGUGAACUAGAGAAGCUAGUAAAAACAGCAUUAGUUUUGUAUUGUAGUAAAAGGGCAGACACUUUAUGUAACCUUUAGAGAUAUGUUUACCAUCAGGGACUUAUUUUUGCUAUCAAACUACUUAAUGUACUGUGAAGCUUAGCGACCGGAGGGGUAAGUGUCGGCGGGUCUGCGUGCAGCCGCGGAGGUGGGUGUGGCCACGGCCCACGGUAGGUGAGCACAGCUUCCCUUCUGUUAAGACUAUAAACUACACUGUAUGAAAAUAUGUACUGCAUGUUUACAUAAUACAGUUUAAUUUUGAAGGUUUAUUUUUUAAAAACUAUGUUUAUGUAUAAUACCUAACAAGCUGUAAAUAUUGUAUAUACUAUUGAUUUUUAAUUUUAUAUAAGCAAUUUUUUAAUUUCCCAAUUCAUGUACAAAUCUCAUUGUAUAUAUAGCAUAAUUUCCUGGAUAACUCAGAUUUUGCAGUGAAUUUUAAUUAUUUUAACUGUGGUAAGCAUCAGGUUAGCCUUAGAGAUGUUAAUCUUUGUUUUAAAUUAUUUUUACCACUCAUCUUUUCAAAGGGCAGCAAUAAACAUAUGCAGGUCACUUUUGAUUAUAAAAAGUUGGUCUGUAAAGACAAGCUCUAGGUUCCAAUUCAUUGCUUAAAAAAAGAUGCACAAUUACUAUCAUCCACUGUCUAAUCAACAGGACCAUUUCUGAGGUCCGUAGGUGGUGUCCUCGUAACAUACAGGGUGAUUCUGCUGAUACAUACACAACUGUUAAGAGUGAAUCCAGCACUUAAAUGUCAUAACACAGAAUUUAACAGAUUAAAAUUUGUAAUAUACAGUAUUUUAAUAAAGUUUCUGUAUUCAAUUUCAUGCGCUUAUGUAUAAAUAAACCGGUCUUUAAAAGUUUUAUGGGCUGUUUGAUUCUCGAUGACAUACCUUUUCAAUUCAUUCUUUGUGAACUGAAAUGCUUUCUC